AUGCUCACGGAAUCUCGUAUCAUGCUUACUAUUCCUCGCUUUCCUAGGCUUGCGGGGCUGCUGGGAGCCACGUACCCUAACGGCAUAUAUUAUGUGCAGCUGGGCAUCGGCACGCCGCCACAGACGUUCAAUCUGGACAUAGACACGGGGAGCAACCUGCUCUGGGUCAACUGCCUGCCCUGCAACCCCUGCACGCUCUCUAAGACACUGCAAACCAACCCGCCCUUUGAUUCCUCCAAAUCCUCAUCAGUUAAGCUCCUUCAGUGCUCCAACAAAGCAUGCAUUAACCCGGACCGAACCGUCAAGAUCCGCAACUGCAACGUCACCUCCAAGUCUCUGGUCAAAGGCUCGGCAGCAGGCUCGGCAGGAGGUUCGGAGGAGGAGGAGGAUUUGGGGUGCAUGUACUCGGUGGCGUAUGGGGAUGGGAGUGGGACGUCAGGGCGCCUGCUGGGUGACGUCAUCCAUCUGCCCAUCUCCGGGUCUGCCAGAGCAUUCAAAGUUCCCAUCACGUUUGGCUGUGGUAACUCGCAGCAGGGCAACUUUUACAACGGCCUGGGCUGGACCUACUACCAGGCUCUGGACGGGCUGAUAGGGCUGGGCAGGGGGUCGCUCUCUCUGCUCACAGCCGUCGGAGCUUACAAGGAGUUCUUCCCCAUUCGGCAGGUGGUGGCGCACUGCCUAGGGGGCGACGGGGGAGGCGGGUGGAUGACAGUGGGGGACCUCCCCAUCCCCCCUCUCACUGCCUUCACUCCUCUGCGACCAGAUGACACCUUCUACAAAGUGACAUUGAGGAAGGUGUUCGUGGGGGGAAUAGAGGUGGCAGUGAAUCCAGCCCAGUACGGCAACCUGACCCACGGCAAUGCCAUCUUUGACAGCGGCACCACCUACUCCAUCAUGUCGCCGCUCUUCGUCCCUCCUCUCUUCCACCUCAUCCAAACAGCGGUGGGGCUGCCUCGCUAUGCGUUCUCCAUUGGCAAGGAGGGCUCGCUCUGCUUUUCCUCCACUGACGAGCUGACAGCAGAGGACGUGAGAAACCGAUUCCCCCACAUCAACCUGCAGUUUGAAGGGAGGGGCGUGUUCAUGAACCUGCCGCCGCACACAUACACCUUCAAAGCCAUGGACGAGGGCGUGGAGAUAGUGUGCACGCAGGUGGUGCUGGGUUCAGACACCAUGAAGGCCCCUAACGGACUAGCCUUCAUCAUUGGAGCUCUGUGGAUGAGGGAUUUCCUUGUGAUUCACGACCAGGAGGAGAACCGUGUUGGAUGGGCGGCAAUGAAAUGCACUUGA